CAACGACACAACACCAUAGCUAAUCGCGUUCGGUGCGCGCGCUACUUCUAACAAGAAUCAGGCUAAAAACACCUGAGCGUACACCCUUGACCGUUCCACGUAAUUCACACCAGUUGUGCUCUGGCCCGCGCGACUACCUCAACAUGCUAUCGCUCCCAGGCCUCAACCUGGCGCCCCAGGCCGCCGAGCCGCUCAACAUUCCAACAGCAUCCGCGACACGAAUCCAAGAACUCGCCGCCAACACGGAAUAUCGCUUCGAAGUCAGCUUCUCUCGCGCGGUGACGGUGAGGCUGCAGUCCGGGACGGCAGAGUUCUUCGGUGCUGAGCUCGCGCCCUCCAACACAUAUACUUUCCUAGGCACAAAAGGCGCUAUAUACACAUGGCAUGGCUGUAGGCUCGAGAUUGGCGGCGAGGUUGAGUCCGACUAUGUUGCAGAAGAGACGCCCAUGAUGAGCUUUGCGAACCUGCACUUUGCGCUCGAGUCGCUGAGGGACAGGAGCGUGGCCAGCGGAAGUAUGGAAAUGGGUCCGCGGGUGCUGAUUGUAGGGCCUGAGAAUGCAGGCAAGACCACACUCGUCAAGACGCUGACGUCUUAUGCGAUCAAGACCGGCAGACAGCCUAUGGUAAUCAAUCUCGAUCCCCGACAAGGCAUGCUGAGUGUGCCGGGGUCCUUCUCCGCUGCAGCAUUCUCGUCAAUCAUGGACAUUGAGGAGGGCUGGGGAAGCAGUCCCAUCUCAGGGCCAAGCCCCACACCUGUAAAGAUGCCGUUGGUGUAUCACUACGGGCUGAAGGACCCAGAGGAAGGGAAGAUAUUCAGGCCGCUGGUUACGCGCAUGGCUCUCGCCGUGACGAGUAGAUUGGAGGAGGACAAGGCGAGCAAGCAAGCCGGCUUCAUCAUCGAUAGCUCGGGCGCCAUCAGCCAUGGCAGGGCGGGCGUGUACGAGAACAUAGAGCAUAUUGUUUCCGAGUUUUCUGUCAACAUCCUCAUCACAAUCGGCUCGGAGCGCCUCCACAACGACCUCACCCGCCGCUACACGCACCGCCCAACCGAAGACACCGUCAGCGUAAUCCGCCUCGACAAAUCCGGCGGCUGCGUCGACCGCACAGAAGACUACAUGAGAACGCUGCGCCACGCGCAGAUGCGCGAGUACUUCUUCGGGCACGGAGAGAAUGCCCUAGCACCCAGCAGCCAAACAGCAGAUUUCUCCGACAUCCACAUAUUCCGCAUCAUCGACGGAGCAACCAACCCCGCCUUCCUCCCAGGCGACGCAGACGAGCACGACUACGAAGCAGCCGUGUACGAGAAGAUCACGCCCUCGGCGCAGAUCCAGGGCCGCAUGCUGGCUAUUACGACGGCGAGCCAUAUGGAUAAGCAGCAGGUUAUUCGCGACGCGAGUGUGAGGGGCUAUGUGUAUGUGGCGGAUGUGGAUGAGGGGAAGAGGAAGAUUCGGCUGCUGAGUCCGCAGCCGGGGCAGACGCCUGCGAAUGCUAUGGUGGUGGGGAGCUGGCCGGAGGAUGUGCCUGGGUUGCGCUAUUCACGAUUGAAAGAUAAGUCUGUGUGA